GGGAGGGCAGACACGGAAAUCCCCGGCGGGAGGAGGCGUGGGGAGGGAAAGCGGAACGGCCCACAGAGCGGGCAGCUGCCGGCUUGGCUUAGCUCAGCUCAGUUCAGUUCAGCUCAGCUCAGCUCGGCACGAUGAAGCCGCGAGGUUAUGGAUUUCUGUUACUGCUCCUUCAUCUCCUGAGAGCUGUUAUUGCACUAGAGAAGAAGCACGUCGUCAGUAAACUUGGAGACAACGCUACACUAAGCUGCACUUACAACAAAAGAGACUUGCAAUUAAAAAAUCUACGGGUAUAUUGGCAAAUCGCUGGUCAAGUCACGUGUUCAGUUGUGCACACACUGAUCUCUGGUCGAGACAACUACAGUAAUCAGUGCAUUCACUUUAAAAACAGGACUCAGUUAUUCGGGGACAGAUUGGAAAAUGGUGAUUUUUCUCUACUGCUACUGAAUGUCAGGCAGAGUGAUAACCAUACGUACCAAUGUAUAGUACAGGAGAAAAGAGAACUUACCAAAGUGGUUCACCAGGAAGAAGUGGUCCUCAGUUUAGCAGCUAGUUACAGCCAACCAAUACUCAGUGGACCAAUAAGAAAUAGCACUGGAGAGGAGGUGACUUUCAGCUGCAGGUCUGGCAAUGGAUACCCAAAGCCCAAAGUUUAUUGGAUAAAUAAAAUGAACAACAGCCUCCUGACUGCAUCAACGCUGGAGUUCAACUCCCACGCCGACGGCACCUACAGCGUUUUCAGCACCCUGACAGUGAAAGCCACUUCCAACAUGCAAAUAGAGUGCUCCAUAGAAAAUGAAAUGCUGCAGGAAAAUCUGUCAGCCAACUACACAGAGCAGAAGCAAAGCAACGGUUCUAGCACAGAAAACCUAGGAAAAAAAGGACGAGUUGCUCAAGCAGCUGGCAUCAUUUGCAUUGUCAUUCUGAUAGGCCUUCUAGCUGUUUUAUUCUGCUGGCUGUGGAGACGACGGAGGUCCUCCCAUCUGGUGUCCUACACAGAUGUCCCACCAAAUGAAUACGAAGGAGGACUCAAUCCACCUGCCUAAAUGGAAAGUCUGCCAACAAUUUGGGCAGCUGGAGAUGUGGCAAGAGAAGCAUCAUUCCCUGUCUCAGUGGCAGCAUUGUUUGUAAUACAAGUGAUGAAUUUCUGCCAAGAGAGAUGGCAAAAAAAAAAAAAAAAUCCAAACUGAAAAAAGCUUCUCCAACACAAGAGACAAGAAAAUCUGCAGGAUUUUCAUUUCAGCCACUGACUGUGUCCACACAGCAGUUGUGUCACCACUCCAGUGAAGCACCUGGGACAGUCCUCUGUGAUUGUCAGGGAUUUCAGUAUCUGCACUGAGGAAUGCAGUGAGCCUGGGACUCAACUGCUCUGGGCCAGAGCACUGGAAGUUGGUGACUGUCCAGUCUCUCAUCAUCAUCUGUGAGGACUUUGCUGGAAGCAGAAGCAACUGCAUUUCAGGAGCAUGGGAAGUUCUUGCUAUGUCACCUCACUGUGAUGAUGACUACUGGAUGUGAAGAAAGGCAGCUAAAAUAAAGGAAUAAAACCAAAGGACUCUGCAAAGUGAGAAUUGUAACCCUUUCCAUGUUUCUCUCUCUACAGUACAUCCUUUUCAUUGUCUGGUUUCACCAGCUGCAUGUUAUUGUGUGCAGAACUAGGCAGAACAUUUUGACCCAGUCCUCCAAAAAUGACCAGUUUAAGCACUGAAUGUUUUAACAUAAGAGGGCCUUCUUUAAAUGCACUUGAUAGCAACAUUUUGUUUUUUACCAGAUGUUCCACUGAAAAGGGGAUUUUCGCUUUUUACAGAAGUCAGAGCGUACGAUGUGAGAGAACAAGCUGUGGAAUUCUGACCAAUUAAAAAUAGUGCUUUCUGUUAUGUUAAUUUUGGGUUGUUUGUCAUUUGGCAUUGGCAACAUUUGUCAUUUGUCAUUUGGCAACAGUGCAGCAGCUAGCUUUUGUCAAAGCAAUACCCCCAAGGAGGCUCCAAGCUGGAUAGUUGUGCUUCUCUCGUGUUCAUGAGAGGUGUUAGAUAUUUUCUGAGUCCAGAUCUCGUCUUCAGUGAACCCUGAAGGCAAUUUGCUUGAAGAGAGCUUGCAGACACCUUAAAAAUGUGAAUAACACCCCUGCAGAUGUGCAGGGUAACCAUUUCCUAGUGGUUCAAUAAGAAGUCCUGCAGACCUGUCCUUGUUAUCUAUCACAUGAAGUUGUUUUGUGCGGCCUCUUUGGUGCUGCUGUAACUGACAGAACCCUUUUCCCUAAACAAUUUUCCAGCUUUUAUAUUCUACAACUGCAAGAAGAACUACAACAGUUCAGAGAUGUAAGAAGUGACCGAGCAGUCACCCCACAACAUGUUGUUAAACUAAUCUAGACUGGUUGGACUUCCUUACCUCUGUUCUACUUCAUGGAUACAUCUAAAUGCAAAAGCCUGUUCUUGCAAAAUCUGUGCUUUCAGCUGGUUUGGGCUUCCAGCUAUUUUUAGAGGGUCCUAGAUGGCAGUUGUCUGUUUCCAUUCGAAGGAUGUAGGAGUUUUGUAAUAACAGAGUUUUUGUCUUCACGUGCCAUGUUUAUAUUGUAAAUAAAAUCCGCUCCCUCUUC